ACCUGGAGGAUCUCUCAGCUGAGCUCAAGGGAAUGAAGCUAGAUCGCCCAAAGAAGGUUGACGAGCUGCAGCGCAUCUUGAGCAGUCCCAAAUGGCAACAACUUCACGACCUUCCCUUUCCUAUGGACCCUAGCGUCCGCAUCAAGAGUAUCAACGCCAGAUCUGCCAGAAUCUUCAAGAGUGCUCUGCAGCCCCUGGGCUUGACGCUUGAGACGUCCAUGGGUGACUAUGGCAUCAUCUUCAAGAACGGUGAUGACUUGCGCCAGGAUCAACUUGUGCUUCAGGUUAUUCAGUUGAUGGACCGUUUGCUCAAGCAGGAGAAUCUUGACCUGCGACUCGUGCCCUACAAGUGCCUAGCUGCCAACAGCGAGAUUGGCAUGCUCCAAAGAGUCAAUGCUGAGGCAGUGGCAAGCGUUCUGUCCAAUGACCGCAGUAUCAAGAAAUACUUGCAAAAGCAGCAUCCUGACCCCAAGGGUCCGCUUGGCAUUUCUCGUCAAGCCAUGGACAACUACGUUCGCAGUUGUGCCGGCUACUGCGUGGUUACAUAUUUGUUGGGCGUUGGUGACCGACAUCUCGAUAAUUUGAUGAUCACCUCAGAGGGUCAUCUGAUCCAUGUGGACUAUGGCUUCAUUUUGGGCCGAGACCCCAAACCCAUGCCACCGCCUAUGAAGAUCACAAAGGAAAUGGUUGAUGCCAUGGGAGGCCCGGACGGCGAAGAGACAGGCGUCUUCCGACAACACUGCUACAUGGGCUACCUUAUUCUGCGAAAGCAUGCCAACCUGAUCCUCAACCUCUUUGCGCUUAUGGUGGACAGCACCAUUCAGGAUAUUGCCAUCGAGCGUGACCGAGCGGUUGCCAAGGUCCGCGAGCGCUUUCGGCUCGAAUUGGACGAUGAGCAAGCCAUUUACGACUUUCGCAAUCAGAUGGUGUCUUCGGAAUCUGCCCUCAUGCCCCGCCUCAUUGAGAAUUUGCACGGCCUUGCCCAGCGCAUGCGCAAGUAGAACCUGAUUGGCCCAAAGAUGGCCAGAAGGAGGCGUUUCCGCUGACUUGUCAUUUAGGUGUGAUCUUCUGUAUGAUCAGCGUGCGCACAGCCUGGGCUUGGCACUGAGUGGCAGCCAGCUUGUGCGCUGGAAGGACGAGGGUCCUGUACGACUUUUUAUCUGCUCAACCCCAAAGCCAAUGAUUUGAU